UCCACGUGGGCGCCCCCGCCGGGGACGGGCGGGGCGGGACGGGACCCAUGGCCCCGCCCCUCCGCAGGGCUCCGCCCCUACCUCUGCUCCCCCGGCGGGGUACGGGGGGAGCCCGGCGCUGAGCGCUGCCGGUCGGGGUGCUGUUGCUCUCGGCUUGGCACGCGUUGGAUGCAGCCCCAGACGGAACGGCGGAGUCCCGGGGGCGUCCCGCGCAGGUGCAUGGGAUGAAGGGAACCUGACGCCCAUCCACACCAGAGAGGAUACACCGGGUGCUGCUGGCGGGGCCACACGGAGCUGCCUGCCAUGAGCCGGGCACUGCUGUCCAGCAGGAUGCACCCCGAGGGCCGCAGCGUCUGCGUCUUCCUGCCUGACCGGGAGCAGCUCAGCCUGACGGUGGGGGUCAAAGCCACAGGACAGGAGCUCUUCCAGCAAGUUUGUGAUUUAGUGAAGAUUAAAGAGCCUCACUUCUUUGGCCUCAGCAUUGUUAAAAAUAAUGAAUAUGUUUUCAUAGACCUGGAGCAGAAGCUUAGCAAAUACUUCUCAAAGGAAUGGAAGAAAGAAACCAGCAAAGGAACAGAGAAAUUCAUCCCUCCUUUUGUUGCAUUCUUUAGAGUACAAUACUAUGUAGAAAAUGGAAGGGUAAUAAGUGAUAAGGUGGCAAGGCAGCUCUACUACUGCCAUCUCAAAGAGCAAGUACUUAUAUCUCGGUGCAACCACAAAGAAGAAAUCUACUUCCUGCUGGCUGCCUACAGUUUACAGGCAGACUUGGGAAACUACAGGGAAGAGGUCCAUACUGGGAAAUAUUUUGAACCUCAAGCAUAUUUUCCACAAUGGAUAAUUGCGAAGAGGGGGAGUGAUUACAUCUUGAAACAUGCCCCAGAGAUGCACCGAGAACAGCAAGGCUUGAGUGCAAAGGAAGCUGUGCUGAAGUUCAUUAAGGAGUCCUGCUUGUUGGAAGAUGUGCCUGUCCACUUCUACAGGCUGCAGAAGGAUAAGAAGGAGGAUCGCCCAACGGUUAUCCUGGGCCUGACCCUUAGAGGAAUGCACAUCUAUCAGGAGGUGAACCAUGUUCGUCAGCUACUCUAUGACUUUCCCUGGUCACACAUCGGGAAGCUAGCAUUUUUGGGGAAAAAAUUUGAGAUCCAGCCUGAUGGUCUGCCCUCUGCACGGAAACUGGUUUACUACACAGGCUGCCCCUUCAGGUCACGGCACCUGCUGCAGCUCCUCAGCAACAGCCAUCGGCUCUUUCUGAAUAUCCAGCCAGUGUUGAAGCAAAUCCAAAAGCUGGAGGAGGCUGAAGAGAAGAAGCGCUACCGGGAGUCCUAUAUCAGUGACACUUUGGACAUGGACCUGGACCCAUGUGAUAAGAACUCACGUGGCAGUGGGAGCAGUGGAGGCAGCAGGAGAGAUAAUCGUCUCUCGCGCCAGUCUACGGGGAGUCAUGGCAGCUCUCACACAUCAGGCAUUGAGGCUGACUCAAGGCACCGUGUGUCAGUAGAAAUGUCAGUGGAUGAGCCCUUUGGUAUUGACCGGGUGCACAGGAAAGAGAAAUCCUGCAGCUCAACUAUCAGCUACGGUAGCUCUGGCAUUGACAGUGGCAGCAAAGGAAGGGCUGAAGAUGACUCUCAGGAUGAUGAUAUUGAGCUGGCAGUAGAUGAGCCAGAGGAGGUGCCUGUAGAUGAGCCUUUAGAGGGAGACCAGUUAGAGGAGGCCUCUGUGGGAGAAUCUGUUGAAUCUCUUCCUCUAGAUGCUGCUAGCUGCCAAGCUAUAAAUCAAGAAUCACUGCCUGUGGUGCAAGUCACGCUAAUAAAAAUGAGAGGUCAGAGUGUGGAGUCCCUUCAGCAGGUCAAGUCACCCAAGGGCAGGAGCUGCACAGACCAGCACAGCCAGAGUUUGGAUGACAUUCGCCUCUACAAACACCGGCAUCCACCACUGAGUGCCACGCUGUCAUCGGACACGUCCCACAGCUACACGUUUGGCUGCAGUCUGGAAGAUAAACUGGCUGUCUAUGGCUGUGUUUAUUCCACAGCAGACUGCAAAACCAAGUCUGCCCUUUAUGGGAAGCGAUCCAUGAACUGCCUCUCCUUGGAUCUUCUGGGAGAGGACCAGCUGCCAGAGGAGUUUGUGGUGUAAGGAGACUGGAGCUCUUCCAUACCCAGGGAAACAGCUCAUUGUGGAAAUAUAUACCUCAUUAACACAUGUGAUGUCACUGGUUCUUGCAGGAGAUUGAGCAGCUUUGUUACUCAGCUCCCUAAUCAGUAAGUGGCAUCGCUUCUGCAGACCUGUCUACAGGGCAAAUCAACUGGAGUGUAGCACUUAGUGUUGGCAUUGAAGUAUCUGUUGAGCAGAAAGUGGAAGUGGCCUGCACCAUUAGCAGUGACCAGAAAAGCCCCACAAAACAGCAGGCCAAAAUUGAUACUUAGCUGGCAAAACAAACACUGUGUAUAAAUGAUUUAUCAAAAAUAAAUAUAAAAGGUCCAUGUCAGUUUAGUUUACUGCCUUUCUCUUCUGGUCUGUAUGUUGAUGCUAGUAUGCAAAUAGUUGGGUUGUUUAGAGCUUGUGCUGCUGCAACACUGCCAACAGCUGUCAGGCCGGGAUAUACUCUGAGCAUAUUUGGAGUUCUGUGUAUGAUAAAUGUGAUUGUAAAUGAAUAGUUAUAUCCUUGAGGGAGAUUAGGGGGAAAAGAUGGGACAAGUGAUCUGGCCACUUUUGAGCAUAUAGAGGACAACUUAGGAGCAGUAAAUAACUGGUUCUUGAAGUCAGGAGUUGUGACUGGAAAAUUUCACAAGGCAUGAUGGCCCCCUAUAUUGAAUCAUACUUUUAUGUUGUUCUUUAUUUUUAAUACAUUUCUUCCUUAGAAAUUUUUACUCUGCUUUAGAGGCAGCUAUAGACUGAAGAAAGUUGCUUUGAAUGGAUGAAGUUCCCUAGUGCUGGAUAGGUCAUGUCAGUGAGUGUAGGGCCUGUGAUAAUGGAAGCAUGGUGGGGUGGAACCAAGGGUACAUGUUUAGUGAUCUUCAGUCCUGUGGAGCUGGCUGUGCUGGCCUUUACCAGAAAAGUAGUUACAGCUAUGCUGUUUGACCAAGGCAUUGUCUGGUGUGGGGAACACCUUGCUACCUUUUUGAAUCCAAAUAAAUGUAUAUUUGUUUGUUUUUCUUCUCUGUCUUCCCCCACUGUUUAGUACCUCUUCUCCAUGGAUUCCCAAUGUUUAGGAAGCUUGUACUUAGAGCCAGGCCACGCGUAACUUGUGCCCAACCUUUUACAACCUUGCAGGCAAAAACUAAUUAUUUUUUAUGGCAAAAUUCAGAACCAGAAUGAUGCUGUUGUGCUGAUUUAGGAAGUGAGUGUUGUAUGGUGUUAAUCAAUCAAAAGAGGAAGAUGGCUGCAGUUAGGAAAGGAAAGCUAGAACAUGAGGAGAGUUCAAGCUGCUUUCACAGUGAUCUUGCUGGCUUGGCGACAUCACAUUCCUGCAUACUGUUAAAAUUGCAAAUCCAUGACAUCUUUAAUCUCACUGUUUCUGUGUAAGUGUAUAUGGUGUAGAGAUGUAACAUCAGGCCAUCAGAUGUGUCUGCAUUACUGAAGAGACAGCAGUGGCAGUACAUUCUCAUAGAUGAAUCCAGCACAAACCCUACCUAUGUUUGAUGAAUGAGUGAUGGACACAAGCUCUCUGUAACCACAAGUUGGCUGACUGUGCCCUCUUCCAUCACACUACUUUCUUCCUAUAAUGAGCAAUUCUAGUCUGUAUGUUCACCAUGGCCUUUUUUCCAUCCUUCUAAGCAAAGCCAGAAUGCUUUGUACUUGAGUACUUGAGGUAUAUUUAUUAUAUUCAAAAGUCCUUUCACCAUUUAGAUGAGUUUAUCUGGCUGCCUUCCCUGAUACCUGGGGCCUGUCUGGCCGUAAGCCGUGGGAGAUGGGCACCCCAGAAGUCCAGAAGGCUGGCGGCAGCCUUGUUCCUGCACCUACCACAGAGCUGGAGGGACAGCUCUUCCAAUGAGAAAGGUGGAGAGGUCUAGAGUGAUGGCUCUUCCACACAUACUGACAUACAACAGCAUGUGGUUCUGGCAAGGCUUAACUGGAAAAAAGUUCAAAAUUCAAAAGAUAUCAUUGUUUGGUGUCAUGAAACACACACGUGUGCCAUGUGCUCACAUCCAUGCACGUGUCUCAAAGAUGAUGGCAGUAGUAGCUGCCUCAACCUUACAAGCUUACUGAAGCAUGUACUACCAUUAAGCAGCUCGGUAUCUUCUUGGUGUUUUUCAGUACUAGUGAAAUGCUACAGUCCAGGCAUUGCUGAUUCCCAAAAUGUACCAGUGCCUGACAGCAGUGCAAUUGGAUCUUAAAUGAGUAUUUUUUGCCUUGUAUGUACAUGUUCCUUGUAUUUAUUCACAGCUGGUGGGGAAGGCAAGAUCUCCAAGUCUGACCACUGUUCAGUGGUCUACACAACUCCCUCCAGUACUGUAAGUUAAAUAUAUGUGUGAAGGGGAGAGUGGACUUUUUUUUUUUUAAUAUGUAGAUUGAGAAUGAAAUAAUACCUUACAAGCACUGUGAAUAUCUGUUAUGCAAGUUUUUGGUAGUAAUAGAUCUUUUUUGUCUUUGUAUUUAGAAUGUCUUUUAUUAUUUUGGUUUGAUUAGUUUGGUAGAGGGUAACAUGUAAGCAUUUAUCAGCGGAUGUUAGAAACUGGCUGCCAAUAUUUGUAUAUAUUUGUAAUAUACUCAUGGUAUAAUCACUCUAUUUUAAUGGUAAAAGUUUCUCCUUUCCAUGAAAGGAAUUUCUUGUUCAAAAUAAAAUAUAAGUAAUUAUAUGUAUACCUGCAAUAAAGUAUG